UAUUGUGAUGACGUGAUCUCGCCGCCAUAUUGGAUUCGUCUCGAAGCAUUUCUAUGAUUUUGGAGAGGAUGAAAAAAUGCUAUCAGAAUAAUUCGCAUUUACCAUGGGCUGCUAAAACUACUUGAUUGCUUCACAAACUUCAAAAACUGAAUAUUUCGUACAGGAAGAUACAUUUGGACUUGAAUGCUGAGGGUAUCUGUCUCAGUAGUGUAGAAGUUUUUUUUUAAUUUGAAAACAGCACUUCUAUUUAAAUCUAGACCCGGUACAAUUUUAAACAACACUAGGUGACUAUUUUGUCCCUGUUAAAGUUCAAAUAGUUGUUUGGGAUACUAGUGACUAGUAAGCAAGCCUGGCGUUCUUUCUUCAAUGGCAGUUGAUUUUGCGAGUGGAAUUAUUCUGAAUGGGAGUUAAUCGAAGGUGUUGUAGGCUUGUGGAAUUGAGCGUCGAUGUCUCUACCUUCGGACGAAGCAGAAACACCUACCAUCGAAUAUGAAGAGGAAAAAGAAGAGAAGACAAGCACGGGUUCCGUUGAAGGGGAAGAGACAGCGGUAAAUGGGGAAUCUAAUUUAGAGAUUCACUCAACCUACACUAAUGAUGAAGGUGAUAAGAAAGAGAAUUCAGAAACGAACAUCAUCGAUUUAUCAAGCGAAAUCAAACAUGAGAAAAUUCCAAACGAUAAAUUAAUCAUAAGUGAGUAUGGACACAUGAAAAAUGAACUUCUAAAGCUACAGGAGGAAUAUGAAUCAUCUCUACAGCGGGAGCGAACGGCGUGCGAGAGACUGCAAACUGUACAUAAGGAGGCAGACUCGAAAAUUUAUCGUUUAAGUCAAGUAAACGAAGAACUAAAAGCAGAGUUGGACAGUUUGAUCAAAGAAUCAAAUUUUAGUAAAGACAAGCUAAAAAGCACAACUAAUGAACUUGAUAAAGCUCAAAAGGAAAGAGAUAAGUUAUCUACCGAGCUGGCUAAGCUCCAUUUAGAGAGGGUUGAUGAAAGGGAAGCACUAUGUGCUCGUAUAAAAGAACUUGAGGAAAACGAGAAGGCUCAGGAGGGCGAGCUUCACACAUACAAGGAGAAGUUGGACAAACAUGAUCAGUUUGCCAAGAGAGCAAUAUCCUCACUGGAAAAGGAAAUGGUGUUCCGAGUUGACCAGGUUACAAAGAUGUACGAAGAGGCAUUAAAAGACAAGGAGACUCUAACUUCCAAGUUAAUCCAAAUAAAUGAAGACAAGAAAAAGGUCUUUGUUGAAAAGGAAUUGCUUUUUGUGAGGCAGACUGAGAGUGGAAAGGAAAUUGAAAAACUGAGGGGCAAAUUAAAAAGUAUUCAAGCAGAACUGAAUAAGACACAGCAAGAUUUAGAAGAAAAGGACAAAGACUUCUUGUCACAAACUAAGGAAUACUCUAAGCUGAAAGAGGAGAUGAAUUCUGAUGCUGUCAAAGUCAAAUGGGCUCAGAACAAGCUUAAGGCGGAACUGGAGGCUCACAAGGAGACCAAGACUAAGCUAACUCAAGUUACUAACAAGCUCAAGGAGGCAAAGGAAGAGGGUGAAAUGAUCCGUGCUAAUUGCCAAGCCUUGAUCAAGAAAUAUCAGGAAUCAGAGGAAAUGAAGUCUAACAGCUUAGACCACAAACUCAAGCAGAAGGAAGAUGAACUCAGGAAACAUGAGCAGGAGAUUGCCGAUCAAGAUGAGGUACACAGAAUGAGAUUAGUAGAGUUAGAGUCAUUGAAAGAGAACCAGACAAAGCAACAAGAAGCUCUUCAAGAGAGCAAAAAUAAGAUUAGCAAGCUUGAAGAUAAAUUAUCACAGUAUGCCAUUAAGAUAGCUGAACAUGAAAAAGCAGCAGUGUCAAUUACCAAAGAGAAUCACUCCAUGAAGAAAGAAUUACAAGACGCCUUAGAUUACAAGGACAGAUACAACAGUGAGGUAGAGAAAGUUGCAAUACUGGAAGAAGAGAUUGCAAAGCAGAAAGCAUGCAUAGCAGACUUAGAAGCUGACAUCAGCGGUGGCCAUAGCCAUCAGUCUAAGCUGCUGGAGUUCACAGAGAAGCUGACAGCUAAGAAUGCACAGUUGCAGUCAGAGGUCAAUGGGGUGCAGUCCAAGUAUGAUGUCAUAUUUGUUGAGAAAGGAAAGCUAGAAGAACAACUAGGAGAGCUUAGAAUUCUUAAAUCCAAAAUGGAGAGUGAAUACAAAAUUGACAAAGCAACCAAAGAACAGGAGUUCGCUGAAUUAGCCAAGUGUGUUGAGGAGAAAACUAAAACUGUUGAACAUCUAACCUUAGCAUUGGAGGAGGCCAAGGACGAGCUUCAGGUAGCAAAGAGGAAGAAUGCCUCAACCAUAAAGGACCUCACCAGGCAAUUACAGCAGUCACGAAGGCAAGUGGAGAAGAUGGAAUCGAAUCAAGAAAAUCUGCAAAAUGGUAACAAUGACUCCAAGUCUUCAUCAACAAACUCUCUAGACAAGAUUGUCAGCAGCAGUAAUUGUAGCUCUCCGACCACACUCCAGAACCCAGCCCUUACAGCUAGUGUCACAGACUCAGGGAUUCAUACCCACGAUUCAGUCAAGAUUGUCCAGCCCGUCCAACUAGGAACACGGACAGGCCAAGAGCUAGAAAUCGACAAAAAAAUACUGGUGGAUAAAAUAUGCAGACUGCAGAGAAUCCAUGCCAAGAAGAACGAGAAACUGGAGUUUAUGGAGGAACAUAUCAGUACACUGGUGGAUGAAAUACAGAAAAAGACCAGGAUAAUCCAGUAUUAUGCCCUGAGAGAGGAAGCUGGUAUGUUGGCUCCCCCCAAGUCUGAUGUAAACAAGGCCCAGUUAUCUCGUCAUGGUGGUAUCAUGGCAUCUCUGUACUCCUCCAAACCCAUCGACCACAACAUGACUCUGGAGCUGUCACUUGAGAUCAAUAAGAAGCUACAAGCCGUGCUAGAGGACACUAUACUUAAAAAUAUGACCCUGAAGGAGAACCUGGACACUUUAGGGGAUGAGAUCACUCGUCUCAACGAUGAACUUUUGUCUCUGAAGAAGGGGAGAAGAUGACGUCGGUUUUGGAUAGCAGGAAACACCGCUCAAACAUGUCACUGCCCUUCUUUUACCACGCUGUUUGGCUAUUUCACAUUUGCGUUUAAGUUGGCGAUGGAACCGGGAAAGGGGGCAAUUACCCGUUAUAGUUUGCUAAGGAGGGAACAGUUUUCUGGCAAACAAUAGCGUAAAGUCUACUUUUCAAUAUUUAUAUGUUUUGGGUUGUUUUGGUUUUUCGCUGCCGCCACCAUGUAUUGGCAGAAGUUGUGUUUUCACGCAAGUAUAUCAGAUAUAUAACUAGAAUUUUUAAUAAUUAUUAGGUUCCAGAUUUAUUAUGAGUUGUAACAUAUGUAUAAAGAAUUAUGAUUUGAGGAAAAGCGUCAAACUGUACACUUCAAAUAAAGGGCGAAUCUUUCACGUC